UGCAUAAGCAUAUAAAGUCAGAGAGAGAUACUCGACUGACCUACGGGCUCACACACAGGCAGACAGCGAAAAGAAGAGAAUUUCAGACACCCACCUAACAAUGGAGAGCAGCAGCCAGAAUUCAGCUCCUUCUUCAUGGAGGGACUGUUUUAUAUUUAAGCGGCUCCGCAUGUUGGUCCCAGUUGGGUCAAAGACAGAAGUAAUCGAGCUGUUCAAACUGGCCGGACCAGUGAUUAUAUCUCAGCUCAUGGUUUUCUCUGUGAGUUUUGUCAGCACUAUUUUCUGUGGCCACAUGGGGAAGACAGAGCUGGCAGGGGUGACUUUAGCCAUAGCUGUAAUCAAUGUUACAGGAAUAUCUAUUGGGGCUGGUUUGGCAGCAGCAUGUGAUACUCUCAUUUCUCAGACAUUUGGGGGACGUAACCUCCUGAGAGUCGGGGUCAUUCUUCAGAGGGCUAUCCUUAUUUUGACACUGGCUUGUUUUCCCUGCUGGGCAGUCCUCAUAAACACAGAGCCUCUUCUACUGGCCGUCAGACAGGAACCAGAAGUGGCCAGGUUGGCUCAGUUGUAUGUGAAGAUUUUUAUGCCAGCACUUCCCGCUACAUUCAUGUAUUCACUACUAACGAGAUAUCUACAAAACCAGGGCAUCAUAUGGCCACAGGUGAUCACAGGAGUCAUAGUGAAUUUUCUUAAUGCCCUUAUCAACUACAUCUUCCUUAAAGCCUUGAAUCUGGGAGUGGCAGGCUCUGCUCUUGCCAACACGCUCUCCCAGUACUCCUUGACUGUGGUUCUUUAUGCUUACAUCAUCUGGAGGGGACUUCAUAAGGCCACGUGGGGGGGCUGGUCCAAGGAGUGCCUGCGGGACUGGGGCUCAUACAUUUACCUGGCCAUCCCCAGCAUGGUUAUGUUAUGUGUUGAGUGGUGGACGUAUGAGAUUGGAAGUUUUCUUGCAGGUCUCAUUAGUGAGGUUGAACUUGGAGCUCAGUCAGUUGUGUAUGAACUGGCAAAUGUUGCAUACAUGUUCCCUAUGGGCUUCGGUAUAGCAGGAAAUGUCAGGGUGGGGAAUGCCUUAGGAGCUGGAGACACAAAGCAAGCCAAGCUGUCUGCUAAACUUGCAAUGUUCUGUUCAGUUUCUGUUUCUGUAUGUUCAGCUGUUAUCAUUGGGAGCUCGAAGGACCACAUUUCUUACGUCUUUACUUAUGAUGAACAAAUCAGGCAAAGAGUUGCACAGGUGAUAUCUUUUUAUGCCCCAUUCCUCCUUCUAGAUGCUACAUCAGCUGCCUGUGGGGGAAUCAUACGAGGAGCAGGUAAACAGAAAGUCGGUGCAAUCUGUAACAUACUGGGAUACUAUACCAUUGGAUUUCCUAUUGGAGUGUCACUGAUGUUUGCUGCAAAACUAGGAAUCAUGGGUCUGUGGACAGGUUUGUUUACCUGUGGGUUUCUGCAGUGCGUUUUUCUGAUUUUCUACCUGGUGAGAAUGAACUGGAAGAAAGCUACAGUUGAGGCUCAAAUCAGAGCAGGAGUGUGUGGGAGUUCCACAGACGCAAGUCCAGGACCCCAGUCAGGGGAUCCAGAGGACCUUCAGAGCCCAACAGAUAGCAUGGACCUGGUCUACACUGAGGCACCAGAAAAACCUGUGGAGGAGGAAAUCUCUUACAAGGCUCUGGUCCUGCGUAGAGGUCUGGCUGUGGCCGCCAUGCUCUUCAUCCUUGCUGCUGGAAUCAUUACGAAUUUGUUGGUCACUAAUUUAGUUACAUGACUGAGUUCAAAGUCUACUAUGCAGGGUAAAAUUACCUUUCAGCCAACCAUGCAAAACAGCACAGGUGUCUGCACAGCGUGAUGUCACAGUAAGACACGCAGAGGGAUGGCACCGAUGAGCAGAAAGCAGACAGAGCUCUUUCUUUGGUUAAUCUUUGACAGCAACAAUUGCUCUGUAAACAGUUAAUCAGAAAAUAUUGACUCUGAAGAGAAUGAGUCAAACUUCAGAGUUUGCUCUUACUACAUUAAACAGAAUUAUUGUGGUAA